AUGUGCCACGAUGCAGAUUUGACAAAGUUACAAGACACGCCUUACGUCGUCGCGUUCCACGAGAAUGAUCGUGUCAGGAUGUUGGGGUUUUUUGAAGAAGCGUCCGCUCGGACAAUCUAUGACCACGUGUCAAAGGAAUGGGCCAAGGUACUCAUGGAUAGGCGACGAUCUGAGAUUUUGGAAUCUUAUGGCGACAAUCGUUGGAUCAAGCAAUGCACAGAAGAGGUUCUGAAGUUCAACGUGUUUGCUGUGGUCCGUGCCCAUGAUGUGUCUUUGUCGCCCGACAAUGCGCCCUACGUUGUCGCAUUCCACCAGCGUGACUGCGUCAGGAUGAUAGGUUAUUCGGAGCGUGGAGUCGCUCAGACGGGAUACAACAGCAUCUCUAAUGAAUGGGCCAAAAUAUUUGUCAAUAGACAACGUCGGGAGGUAUUGACUUCUUACGGGGUCAAACACUGGAGCAAGCAGUGCGAAGAAGAGGUCCAACGGCUCCCCGCUUUCGACGAUACUGCUCUUCUGCAGAUUGCUCCUUACAUCGUGGCAUUCCAUCAAAGCGACUGUGUUCGAAUGAUCGGUCUGUACACUGCAGAAUCGGCUCGAGCAGUGUACGGUGCAGUCUCAGAGGAAUGGGCAAAGGUCGUCUCUGAUCGGGAACGUUCUCAGGUGUCAGCGUCCUACGGCUCUGACUACUAUGUCAAGCUAUGCAAAGAAAGGAUCUCGCAGCUGAAUGCCUCCAAGUUCAACGGCACCGUGCCAUUGCAGCAUGCUCCUUAUAUAGUCGCUUUGCACCAGAGCGAUCGCGUCAGGAUGGUUGGCUUCUCCAAAGAAGAGUCUGCUUGGACGGUUUAUAACACCGUCUCAAACGAGUGGGCUAAGAUACUUAUGGACAGACGACGCUCUCAGAACUUGUUCUCUCAUGGCGGUGCCCGCUGGAUCAAGCAAUGCAAGGAAGAGGUCCUGCGGGUGCCUCUAUUCGAAAACCCUAUUUUACUGUCGCAGAGCGGGCCUUACGUUGUUGCGUUUCACCAAAAUGACUGCGUUAGAAUGAUUGGCCUCCCCACGGAGGGAUCUGCUCGAGCGGUUUACGACAUGAUCUCCAUGGAAUGGGCGAAGAUCCUCGUGGAUAAACGAGAUUCUGAGUUGUUGGCGUCUUAUGGUUCCCGUUACUAUACCAAGCAAUGUGGGGAUGAAAUUCGCAGGCUCGAUACAUUCCAGAGCAUUAUGCCGUUGCGGACUGCGUCUUACAUCGUCGCCUUCCAUCAGAGCGACCGUGUCAGAAUGCUUGGCUUCUCUGAGGACCGAGCUGCGCGCGCGGUGUACGGUGCUGUCUCCGACGAGUGGGCCAAGGUUCUCGUGAAUAGACGGUAUUCUGAGAUGCCAUUGGCGUCGUAUGGUUCUGCGUACUAUGUCAGGCAGUGCGAAGAAGAGAUCCUUCGGCUGUAGCGACAUCUGAACUGCUAGUAACCACUUCAGUCUUGUCCGAAUGUAUUAACUCUUUUGAAGAAAUGUACUGAAAUUGUAAUAGCGUGCAAUCCAGCCUCUUUCUCGGGGUUUCCUCCUUUUCUUCUAGGAUCUGGGGAUGAGUAGGUUUCCUAGGCGAGAGGAAAGUUUCUUACGUGGGUUAGGAAAGAUAGCCAAAACUAGCGAUUAUAACAGCAAUAAACAACUUGAGAAAGCUGGUAUAUACCGGUCCAGCGUUGGACUCAACGUAACCGCUCGCAGAUGUGUCAGUUCAUACACAAAACAGAGAUAUAACACCAAAGAAAGCAGGAAGGAA